CCUUCAAUUAAAAGCACAAUCCAAAGUGAAGAAGGCGAGGUGAUUGAUUGUGUCGAUAUUUACAAACAACCUGCAUUUGAUCAUCCACUGACUAACGAUCUACAGUAUGCGCAAAUAUCUCAGAAAGCCGGCAUCUACCAUGGAGCUAAGGCAACAAUUAAUGUGUGGAACCCUAAGAUAGAAGCAGGAGCUGGGGGUGAAUAUAGCAUCUCCCAUGUUUCGGUUUUAUCAAUGGAUAUCAGAGCUUCACCCCCGGGUCUGAAUUUUGUGGAGGCCGGAUGGAUAGUUUCUCCUGGAAUGUUCAACGACACUCGAACAAGAUUUUUCGCAUAUUGGACGACAGAUAAUUCUUUAACAACAGGUUGUUUUAACUUGAAUUGUCCGGGUUUUGUGCAAACUACUCAAAAGUUUGCCAUGGGUUCCGCAAUUGAACCUCUUUCCAUCUACGACGGUCCUUCGUACAAUAUCGCCAUGGCCAUAUAUAAGCCCAUGGGGGGCACCUACGUGACAUGGGGCGGAGAGAUCAUCAACAGCCGAUCGGCGGAACAUCACACCGCCACUCAAAUGGGAAGCGGCCAUUUCCCCGGCGAAGGCUACCGAAAGGCCAGUUAUUUCGGAAAGCUUAAAGUCAUAGACGACACAGAAACCGAGAAAGAACCAGACGACCUGGAGGUGGUUGUCUCAAACAGCCGAUGCUAUGAUGUGCAUAUCCAAGACAACAAGACAGUCUCUUAUGGACUUGUCUUUUUCUAUGGGGGUCCCGGAUAUUCUCCAGACUGUCCAUGA